AAACAGAGAGAGACUAAAACACAAAGUGCCAAGUCCAGAAGGGAAGGGGGUCUCGGAACAUGGCGGCGGCGCCGAGGAAUCCACGCAGCAACGUGAAGAAGGGUCGGAUCCUGGGGCUGAUCGACGCCAUCCAGGACGCGGUGGGGCCGCCGAAGCAGGCGGCCGACAAGCGCAUGGUGGAGAAGACCUGGAAGCUGAUGGACAAAGUGGUGAGGCUGUGCCAGAACUCCAAGCUGCAGCUGAAGAACAGCCCCCCGUACAUCCUGGACAUCCUGCCGGACACCUACCAGCACCUCCGGCUCAUCCUGUCCAAGUACGAGGACCGAAUGCAGGUCCUCAGUGAGAACGAGUACUUCAAGAUCUACAUUGACAGCCUGAUGAAGAAAUCCAAGCGGGCCAUCAGGCUGUUCAAGGAGGGCAAAGAGAGGAUGUAUGAGGAGCAGUCUCAGGAUAGGAGGAAUCUUACAAAGCUCUCACUCAUCUUUAGUCACAUGCUGGCAGAAAUCAAGGCCAUUUUCCCAUCUGGCCAUUUUCAGGGUGACAAUUUUCGCAUCACAAAGGCAGAUGCUGCUGAAUUUUGGAAAUGGGCUUUUGAUGACAAGACUGUUGUGCCAUGGAAAGUCUUUAGACAGUGCCUUCAUGAAGUUCAUUCUAUCAGCUCUGGUUUGGAAGCCAUGGCUCUGAAGUCUACAAUCGACUUGACGUGCAAUGAUUACAUUUCAAUCUUUGAAUUUGAUAUCUUCACCAGGCUAUUUCAGCCUUGGACCUCUAUCUUACGGAAUUGGAAUUUCUUGGCGGUGACACACCCUGGCUACAUGGCUUUUCUCACCUACGAUGAAGUGAAGGCUCGGCUCCAAAAAUACAUCAACAAACCUGGCAGCUACAUCUUUAGACUCAGCUGCACUCGGCUUGGACAGUGGGCCAUUGGUUAUGUCACAAAUGAGGGAAACAUCUUGCAGACUAUACCUCACAACAAACCACUCUUCCAAGCCUUAAUAGAUGGAUGCCGAGAAGAAUUUUAUUUAUACCCGGAUGGACGAAGUUACAAUCCAGACCUUACUGGAUUGUGUGAACCAACACCUCACGACCACAUAAAGGUCACACAGGAACAAUACGAGCUGUAUUGUGAGAUGGGCUCCACAUUUCAGUUGUGUAAAAUCUGCGCUGAAAAUGAUAAGGAUGUGAAGAUUGAGCCCUGCGGUCACUUAAUGUGCACUUCUUGCCUGACAGCAUGGCAGGAAUCUGAUGGACAGGGAUGCCCAUUUUGCCGUUGUGAAAUCAAAGGUACCGAACCAAUUAUUGUCGAUCCUUUUGAUCCAAGAGAUGAUGGAGCCAAAUUCUGCCUAGACAGUCUGGAUGAUGAUGAUGAUCGUGAUGAGUCACUAAUUAUGAACAAACUCGCUUCAUUUAGAAAGUGUACAGACAGGCAGAUAUCACCAGUGUCAUCACCAAACUCAUCGCCUAUUGCACAGCGCCGAAAAGCAGCUCCAGACCCAAUCCAAAUUCAACACCUCAAUCUCCCACCAGUGCCACCUCGUUUAGAUCUCAUUCAGAAAGGAGUAGCUCGGUCACCUUGUGCUAGUCCAACUGGUUCACCAAAGUCAUCUCCAUGCAUGACACGAAAACAAGACAAGCCUCUCCCAGCACCACCACCUCCUCUCAGAGAACCUCCUCUUCCACCUGAGCGACCACCUCCUAUUCCACCAGAAAGCAGGGCUGCACGUUUGUUGCAUCAUUCUGAAAAUGUUUCUUUAAAAGACCAGCAUAUAGCACAUGAAGCCUGGUGUCCCAGAGAUCACGGUGCUACCACGUCAACAGAAUGCAGAUCUGGUGAUGAUCGAUCUCCUAAAUCUGGUCACACCGCACCCACUAACUUGAAUGGUAGACAGAACUGGCACGUAGCAGAACCAGGUUUUCCACGCAAACCCGGCAGACGCCAAGAAUUAUCUCAUGACAGUGCAAAGACAGUUACCAAUGGACUUCUGCGGACUGAUGAAUAUGAUGUACCUCCUCCACGCCAAUCUCCUCCACCACCACCAUCAAUAAUUACAGCAUUUCCCAACAACACAAAAUACCAACAGCCAAACUCAGAAAUUCAAAGAGGGCUUAAUGAGAUUCAUGAAGAUGAAUACAAGAUUCCAUCCUCAUAUCCUGUGUCCAUACCUGUGCAAACUCCCCAUUUGCAAACUGUGAAGCCUCGUGCAUCAAGAGUAUUUGAAAAUGGGCAGUGUGCUAAUGGAAUACAUAACAACACAUCAGAAGCAAAGAAACCUAAGGCACUGGAAAUGGAUGAUAUUUUUGAGAUGCCAGUUGUUCCAGCCCCCGUACCACCAGCUCGACUUACGGCAAAAGACAGCCAAAAACCCAGCUGCUCCUCUCUGAACAGAACACCCUCUGAUUAUGAUCUUUUAGUUCCUCCUCCAGAUUGUGAUAAUGCACUUGACAGCAUCCCUCUGUCAUUGCCUCCACCCCCACCUCCUGUACGGGUUAACCUCCCAGAUCUGCCCAGAUCUUCUGGCUCAGGCAGCAGACCUACAUCUGGGCAUGGUCCAUUCCAGUUUAGUGCAGAUUCUGUCUUUGACCCAGCAAGUUUUCCAGUACCUCCAGCUAGAAGGAUGGUUGAAGAUCAUCAGAAAUCCAACAGGAUGUCACAAGAAUACGACCAACUUCCAUCAUUGGCAGAUAGUUCACAAGCUCCAGCCAGACCACCUAAACCACUCCCCCGCAGGACUGCACCUGAUAGUUACCACAAGAAAAGUAAUGUUCAAGAGCCAACGUCUUUGCACAGUAGCCAAGCAGGAGAAAAUGUGGAUGCUAAAAUUGCAAAACUGAUGGGAGAAGGCUACUCCUUUGAAGAUGUAAAACGGGCCCUUGCAAUAGCGAACAAUAAUGUGGAGAUGGCACAAAGUAUUCUCAGAGAAUUUGCCUGCUUUCCUCCUAUUUCACCACGCCUCAAUCCAUAGCAAGGAGCUGUUCAUCUGCAAGUGAAAAGUAUCCGAAUUUCUGAGGAGCAUUGAAUUUUAAAGUAGCAUACAACUGGUGGAUCAAUUGCGUGUUGACUGACUACAGUCUCUUUCAGUGGGUUUCUUGAGAAAGUUUCUGGUAGGAGAUAGAGAAUGAUGCUUAUGUAUUUUUACUAGCCAUAACGUAAAGAAUCAGGGUUCAACUGAGAAGAAGAAAGUUUACUGUCCUUGAAUUUCACUCCUGUGAAUUGCUUGAGAUCUCUGCUGCUUACCGCUAUCAAAAGAUUUUUGAAAGUCAACUUUGUUUAAGUGGAUAUAUGGUCUUAUUGGUCUCAGAAUUUUUACAUGUGGACUCUGGGAUCGGUCAGCCUUGUUGCAGCAUUCCUUUCAUGUCAUCUGCACUGAUGGGGACACACUGCCAGUUUUGACCUCUCCACCCUCAUCAUUUAAUCUAGACACAGACUAAAAUAAUUCUUUCUGAAGAUGCUUUCAUUUGCUGCAUUUCAGUCUAUCAACAGGUGCAAAAAGCAUGUGGCCUUCACUACUGAAUAUUUUCUGAGAUAAAAAUGAAAUUUCCUUAUUAAAAAACUCAUUUCUGAAUGUGCAGUUACAUAUAUUUGUUUAUGUAUAGCCUUUCAAGGUAAUUUUUGACUGUAACCUUGGCAGGUUUCCAUUGUGCACAGCCUUCAGCAUUUUAAAAAUAAUUUCUAUUCCACUUAUGUCUUAUGAUCCAGCUACUUUCAUUCAUGUUGUGUUGACAGAACAAAAUUGAUUUAGUUUCUAGUUAAUGCAACAAAAAAUGCUGACUGACUUUUGUGAAUUGUGACAUAGUUGGAUCAAUUUUAAAAUAGUUUAUAAUGCUGGAUGUAGGGAAGCAGAAGCAUCAGAGACAGCACACAGCAUUUAUACACUGAUUAUGGCCAACUGAAUGUAAAACUGCCUCCAUUUGAUUAUGUGCCAACAUUUUAAUAGAACGGUGUAGCAGGAUAAGAACAUCAACUUUGCUAUUUGUGAGCAUGGAGUAAAACAAAUACCAUUAUUACUGAUGUCAUGAAUGACAGCGCCCUUUUGUUUGGAAAGAGUAAGUGUCUUCAGUUUUCAAGUCUGGUCUCACUGUGUUAGAACCAGUGUCAGCCGAUUAUUCAGUCCGGUGAAAGGAUUAGUUUUGCACUGUUAACGUUGUGCCGAAAGACUGUGAAAUAGCAAAUAGUCUUUGCCAAUUCAUGAAGUAUCUACUCCUUUCUUCACAUUGGUAAUGGAUCUUAUUUGCUUUACUUAAUAAUGGGAUAAUAAAUUAACUUGGUUUUGUUUAUGUCUGUUCUCUAGGUUACAUUGAUGAAGGGUUCAUUGGUUCAACUUUGUCUUGUGUCACCAUAAAUUCUGGUGAAACAAAACUCAGGGCAAAUAUCCAUCAUUAUGUAAAUUAUGACUAUCUUUUGUAACCUAAGUUCAGUCAGUACCUUUGUAGGUUUGCUUCAUAGCUUUGAAGCUGAGUAAUUCAUACUAGUUGAAAUCUGACUUCAGCUGUUUACUUCGAGCAGUUUUAUGGUCAUCUAAACUCGAGACCGAAAGCAUUAAAGCUCACCACCAUUUAAAUCACUGACUGUAUUAUGUAUAACAUUGUGGCUAUUAAAUGAAUAUAUCUUUCAUAAAUUGCA